AGUCAGAAUUCAGCAACUAUAAAUAUGCUUUCAAGAAGAUUAUUCGGCAUACAAGUAGAUGAUGAAUUCGAUACCAUUCCAGCAUCUGCAUCUUCUCUGAGUUUUGAUUCUCCCCCAGUCAAGGCUAAUAACCUUAUGUCUGUGAUGACUCCAAACAGCAAACGAAAUAUUUUUCCUGAUGUUGACGAAGAUUCUGGCCUCGGUAUGGAAGACCAUUUUACACCAAGUUUUCCGAAAUCUGCCAAGAGACAGCAUGAAGACGACGAUAACUCAAGAUGUUCAAAACGUUCAAAAGUUUGUUCAGAUAUAAAGGCUGUGGUAACCAAACUUGAAGAGAACGACGACUUCAUUGCCGAUGGUAGCAGAUUACAUACUUUACCAACUGUCACUGGAAAACAUGCUGAUUUGAAAAGCAUCACUUCUCAGACUCUUGCUGAUGUUUUAAACGGAGAGUACGAUGACGUAAUCAGUGACUACAAGAUCAUCGACUGCCGAUACCCGUAUGAAUUUGAAGGCGGGCAUAUCAGAGGAGCAGAGAAUAUGUAUUUGCACGAGACCAUUUUAACUCUGCUUCAGCAACCAACCAAAGACAAACAGAUUAUCAUCUUUCACUGUGAGUUUUCUUCAGAGAGAGGUCCAAAAAUGUUACGAUUCCUGAGAAGCAAAGACAGAGAACUCAACAAAGAAAACUAUCCAUCACUGAACUUUCCUGAAGUAUAUUUACUUGACGGUGGUUAUAAGUCAUUCUUUAACGAACAGCCUAAACGUUGUGACCCAGUGAGCUACCGACCAAUGCUUCACUCUGACCACUCCAACAAUUUGCGACAUUUCAGGGUCAAGUCAAAGUCAUGGACUUUUGGAGAAAAACGAAGAUUUGCCAGAAAAGUUAUGAAUUUUUAG